AUGGCGAGGAAAAGUGACAAUGCAAAGAAUAUUAAUAUCGCGGUGGUUGGACUUUCUGGCACCGAGAAGGACAAGGGACAGGUCGGUGUUGGCAAGUCAUGCCUGUGCAAUCGCUUCAUGCGCUCCAUGAGCGAUGAUUAUAAUGUGGAGCAUAUUUCGGUGUUGUCACAGUCUGACUUCAGUGGACGUGUGGUGAACAACGAUCAUUUUCUAUACUGGGGCGAGGUGACGAAAAUAGGAGAGGAUGGGACAGAGUUUCAGUUUCAAGUUAUAGAACAUACCGAAUUUAUUGAUGACGCGUCAUUUCAACCAUUUAAAGGUGGCAAAAUGGAGCCAUAUGCGAAGAGAUGCGCGGCCACGAAGAUCACAAGCGCGGAAAAGCUCAUGUAUAUCUGUAAGAACCAAUUGGGUAUAGAGAAAGAAUACGAGCAGAAGGUUCUACCUGAUGGCAAAUUGAAUAUCGAUGGAUUUUUGUGUGUGUUUGAUGUGAGCCUCGUGCCAAACAGGGCGAUUGAGAAGCAAGUUGAGAUUGUGGCGAAUAUCCUGAACAAUUUGAUGAAAACGAAGAAGCCGAUAGUACUGGUUACAACCAAAAACGAUGAUGCAAAUGAGCAAUUUGUCAAAGAGGCCGAGAAACUUAUAAUGCGCAAAGAGUACAAAAGCUCGAUUUUAAUCGUCGAGACCUCGGCGCACGAGAACAUCAACGUAGAUCUGGCGUUUAUGAUCCUGGCGCAGUUGGUUGACAAGACGAAAAUACGUAGCAAAGUAGUGCCAUUUGCCGAGGCAGCUAGAGCCAGGAAGGAGCUCUUGGACGCGUCGACAGAGUCGUUGCAGAGAUUGAUCCGAAUACAUGUGACCGAUUAUCGCGCCUUAUGGUCGCAAGCAUCGAAGAAACUCGCGCAACUCAAAGAAUUCUCCACUUUUGUAGAGCUGUUUGGUAUCGAAGCGACGCAACGGUUAUUUAGAAGGCACAUCAAGAAAUUGAAAGACGAACAGAUAGCGAAGAAGAUACAGGAUUACCUGGACAUGUUGCCAGAUAUACUUCACGAGAUUUGUCCAGAUAUAUCGAAUUUAAUUAAUGAAGAAUGGUCGGCGGUGCAACAAUAUAUAAAGACUCAUCCCGAUUUUGAUCAGUACUUCUACGAAUGUCCUGAAGAUAUACCAUGGAUCGAUUGUGAUUUUGGAGAAAAUAAUGGCACGAAAAUUCCAUAUGACGUGUUGGAGACUCCUGAAGCGGAGACCGUGUUUAAAAAUCAUAUAAAUGCCUUACAACAAGAACAACGGCGGCUAGAACUUCCGAAAAGGUGGAAGAAACAAUUCAAGCAAUUGUUGGAAGAAACUGGCUAUGUUACACCCGGGAAACAUUUAUCUGAAGUUAGAGUUUUAUUUAUGGGCAGGGAAUGUUUCGAGGAGCUUUCUCAUCAUGAUUGUCAAGAAAUUUAUGAUCAGCAUCAAAAGGAAAUUAUUGAAAAGGCAAAACAUAAUUUUCAAGAAUUAUUAUUGGAACAUGCCGAUCUAUUUUACCACUUUAAAAGUAUAGCUCCAUCUGGAACUAUUACACAAGAUGAUAUAAAAGAAAUUACAGACGCAUUAUUGGACGAUUUUAGAUAUAAAGCGUUAGAUAGAUUAGAUCAAGACAGAAAGUUAAUGUUGUUUCAACAUUUGGGAUUUGUGCAUUGUCCUAUAAGAGAACAUUGUCCUGCUUAUCCAAAUUGCAUGGAUGCGCUUAUAGAGAGGAUACUUGGAACGAAAGCUCACAGACCUUCCUCAUGGAAUCACAGUAGUCAGUGGCAGUUAACGUCGGAGAACAAUCAGUUAAAUUUAGUUAUUCUUGGAAGUAACGGGUUAAGUGAAGAAUUUGCUCGCGAAAUAAGGGCACAAACGGAUGAUGAUGAAGUGGAAAUAGAUUGUCAACUCUACACUCUUGGAUAUCGCAUCAUAGAUGGCGAUGUCGGACUACCACAUAAUUCUUUUACUACCUCCGAUUUCAUGCCACAUGGAUCUUUUUGUAUUUAUUCGAAUGAAGAUUCAUUUGAGUACAUCCGAUCCUCUUUAGAGAAAACCUUGUUAUCAAAUUUGGAGCAGGAAGAUAGAUUACCGUUCCAAGGAUUGCCCAUUGUAAUAAUGUUUAUACCAGAAGUCAGUAUUGACGAAAUGGAAGCCAUGAAACUCAGAGAAGAGGGACAAAAUCUCGCUGACAGUUUGCAGUGUCCCUUUAUUGAUGUAUGCAUAGAUGACCUAGAGCAAGAGAAGCACAAGAGAUUUCCAACUUCACUGGUAAAGGACGCUCUGCAGCAACUUAUACAAUCUAUAAAUCAUAGAGCUGGUUUUUUAAAUAUAUACCAAAGCGUUAUUGAAUGUUUGGAGCCUGAUAUUAGGAUAAUAAUGUGUAUGUUCUGUGGAGAUCCUUAUUCGGUCGAAAACGUUCUCGGUCCUUUACUCAAUCAUCAAUGUUGCUUUCUCAGUGGAGACAGAUCUAUAGUUUUAGAAACAUUUCUGGGCGAAUGUAAACGACGAGUCGAAGUUAUUAUCUCGAGUUUUCAUGGAGCCAAUGCGUUCAGAGACGAAUUGGUACAUGGUUUUAUACUUGUCUACUCCACAAAGAGGAAAGCCUCUCUCGCGACUCUAAAUGCCUUUUCCACCAACAUACCCAAUCUGCCGAUACAAAUAAUGGCUGUGACCGAUACUGGCGGUGCAACUGCAUUCUUUAGUAACGACUUAAGUCAUCUACUUAUCACAGAGGGAAACGCAAUUGCGGACAAAUUGGAGGCACAUUUUAUGACAUCGGCAUCCAGUUGUCAACAGAAAACCGCGUUUUACACACCAUUCUUCAAAGUAGUAUGGGAAAAGAAACCAGAAAUCGAGCAAGCAUUUAACAUGGAGGAACCAGGGAAUUUGAAUGAUAGCGGGGAAGGUACUUUGGAGUAUUCGGCUUUGCAUCCGAUGCCACCGCCGCGACACGAGAGCUAUCAUCUCCAAACGCCGGACGACGGUAUGUCUGUAACUUUUAGAAGCGGCUCCGAGUCAUACGAACAGUUGACGCCCGAUGGUGACCUAGGUGACACCGGUUUGACUGAACAAUUUGCCGAUCACAGAGCUACACCGAGCGACGACAGUGAUAUUUACAGUCAGGUCGAUUUCUAUCGAGAGGAAAGAGAAAGAGAUCUAAUGAAAAACGAAGAACUCACGAAUAAGCUAUCUGGUUGGGUAAAGGACACAUUCAUGCAUCAAGACGGAGUGACUAACAGUUACUCGCAUAGAGCUUUUACAACAGGCCGACGAUAUAUUUCCCAGCCUAAACCGCGACCGAAAGGCAAUAGUCAAACUUUAAAACAGCCCGGAAAAAUCAAUCUAAAAGACUUUUCCAAUGUAACGGACGCGAUAGCUAAGAUGACAAUCGGUGAAAAGGAUGAACACGGUUCAAAAUUGACAAUGGGUCACGCUCCUCUCGCCACACCAGAACUCGUGGAUCUCGGUUCUGAAUACGCGCAGGUGAAAGACGUCGUGCCGAACAUGUAUUCUGCCUAUGACGGUGAUUACAUGUACGCUUUGGUACAAGAUUCUAUAGGCAACAACAAGUCUAAAUUGCGUCAUCGACGUGAAAAGGGACAGCCAUCGUAUAGCGAUUCCGACUCGGAGUGGAGUUCUUUGGAGAGACAAAGAGCGACAGAUGCCUUGAGCAAAGGGAAUAAGAAACCUUCGUCACACAAACGAAUACGCAAGAAACGCACGGCGAUUCCGGUCGCGACACCAAAGGUGCCGUCAUUGGCUAGCAUGGGUAGCGGGGACGGUAUAGUUGGCCUGAAUUACAACAUGAAAGAUGACAAGAAUUGGCGUGUUGAUCCUGCAGAGAGAGUAUCUAGCGAAACGCCCGAUAGUUCUGAAUCGAGCGAUCCAGAACACACGAGGUCCAGAUCGAAACAAUAUAAAUACGCCGCGGCUAGUUUACGGAAAAGAUUUUCCGGAAAUUCUCUGCAACAGCAAUACUUACAACACCCGUUUAAUAUGAAACAUAUGACGCAGGAGAUGUUCAGCGCCUCCUCUAAGCACAGGGGUGAAAAUACAUUUGGCAUUCCAGAUGAUGAAUCAAGUUUAGAUGUCUCUUCACCACGUGAAAUUAAUUCUCCUAGUUUUGGUAUAUUGAAUAAGUCAAAGGAUAGUGACAAAUUAACCAGGAAGAAAGAUAAACAAAAGGCAAAAGAAGACGAAAAGUUGGAGAAAAGAAGGCAAAAAGAAGAGAAACUUAAGAAGCAUGCAGAGAAAGAGAAAGAGAGGGAAAAGAAGAAACAAGAAAAGAUAAAACAAAAUAAAGGCCCGGGAGGCACACCGAUCUCAAAUCAAUCGCAGCAACCCUUGAUUGAGGAUUUUGCGCAGAGUGAAACGAAUCGGAUACCUUUGUUCCUUGAGAAGUGUGUACGAUUUAUCGAGGAUGAAGGAUUAGAUUCGGAAGGAAUAUAUAGGGUACCUGGUAACCGUGCGCACGUGGAAUUGCUUUUCCAAAAAUUCGAAGAAGACGGUAAUGUCGACAUACAUUCUUUGGAUAUUCCUGUAAAUGCUGUCGCUACUGCUCUAAAAGACUUCUUUUCCAAAAGACUACCACCGCUUAUUGACAAAGAACGUAUGAGUGAACUGGAGGAUAUAUCAGGUGCACGAGGUAUUAGCAAACCUAUGUCGGCUACUUGCAUGAACAUGGAAGACCGAAGCGGCAGACUGCUAGCUCUGCGUUUGAUGCUCAACAAAUUAAAUCCAGUAAACUUUGAUGUUCUUAAAUUCAUCUUCCAGCACUUUGUAAAAGUUGCAGAGAAUUGUAAACUCAACAGUAUGGAUAGCAAGAACUUAGCGAUUUGCUGGUGGCCUACAUUACUACCGAUCGAGUUUAAUGAUCUCGGCAGAUUCGAAGCCAUGAGGCCGUAUCUGGAAGAUGUAGUCCAGACGAUGAUCGAUCAGUAUCCUUUCCUAUUCUGUGGUGAGGAUGCUGUUGUAAUGGUGUAGUGACGAGAUAUAUUAUCCAGCCGCGCAAUGCAUAAUUCUCAGUGUUUGUGCGACAAGACUACAAUAUUUCUUAUGGAUAAUGAUGGUAGAAGUGACGUGUCCAGCCGAGGCCUCGCAAUAGUGCAUCUGCCUCAUGAAGUAAUCCGAUAUGAUUUCUUUUUAUACGUCGACGGUUGCGAUACAGGCGUAAACGAUUGGUCUCAAUAGUUUGUAUUAAUACUAAACUUGACUUUAGCGUAUUCAUAAUACGACUAAUAGAAAUUCCACGUUAGACAAUGUGGAUAAUCGAACAAAAUUUCCUUUAAGUAAUUUAGUCAAUCGCAUUCAUUUAUUUUCGGAAUGUGUGAUAAGCAAGAUUUCCCUUUGUGGAAUGAUCGAUCGAUGGUCCUAAGGUUAUUCGCGUGCGUGGAUCAGAUAAUAACGCAAGAGUAAUAAGAGUCAAUCCAUGUGUCAUAACAGUAUGCAUGUAUCAUGUUGGAUGUAUCCAGAGCGUUGUAUUUAUUAAUAUUGAUAUUAUAUAGGGAUGUAUGACUCGAUAUUUGAUAGUAGCAAUUAGCUUUACGUAAUUAAUACGGAGGUAAGAUCGAUGUUGCUUUUUUUACUUGCUUUCUUUCGUUCUAUCUUUCUCUUUCUUCGUGUCUUCUUGUCCACAAUGUCAAGAACAAAAAUUCUGGACGCAAAGUAUAGUCUCGUUAAAGAGGCUAUAUUAAUAGUAUUUAAAGCAGGAUGUGUCCACCCUACAUUUACGAAAGACACAAAACGUAUAUCAAACGAAAUUUAUCGUCGAAUACUAUUUAUGUAUAUAUAUAUAUAUAUAUAUAUAUAU